AUGGCUGGAUCGUCUGUUUGCACCGACGGCAAUUGGUGGGAGGCAGAGCUUCCAGCGCCGGAGCGUCGCACUGCUCUGCCCCACGCCAAGCUAAAGCUACCCUCAGCUCAGGAGACCUGGAAGAUCGUCAAGCAUAUGGUGAGCAGCAACAGCAUGGACGUCCCCAUCCCGGCGCACAUGUGUUUGCCAAUUGACGAGCUGCAGCGGCGCGCAGAAGAGAUGGAGUACAGCGAGCUCCUGGACCAGGCAGCAGAGAAGCCCAAGGGCAGCAUAGAGCGGCUGCUGCUCGUGGCGGCGUUUGCCGUAUCGGCUUUUCAGGCGGUGCGGCCGAUGCGUGCCAGCUUGCCUAUCAUGGGAGAGACCGUGGAGGUUCUCCUGCCGGAGAAGAGGAUGCGCUUCAUGGUAGAAACAGCGUACCUGAACCAGAAGGAGAACAGGGUGAUUAACGCGUGGGUGGCCGAGGGAGAAAAGUGGAUGCUGGAGGGUGAGGAUGAGCCUGCGCUCAGGUUCUGGGGAGCUUCCUUGGAGCUGCACCUGAACUGGCUCGACCGUCUCAUGUUCUCCGACGGCGAUGCCUACUCCUGGAAGAAGAUGACAACAGGGAACGCCGUCAUACAUGUGGUGGGUAAAAGCACGGUGAGCUUCAAGGGGGAUGUGGUAAUAGAGCAAGGGGACACCGGCCGCAGCGCACACAUGGCCUUCAAAGACGGCAGCAUGCUUAAAAGCAUGGCAACCAGGAAGGCAUCAAAGCACGAGGCACGCCUGCAGAAUCUGUGCGAUAUCGUGGGGCACAUAGAGGAGGGGGGUGUGCGGCUGCAGAGGCCGGUCAUCCGCGGCCACUGGGAUGCUGAGCUGGUCGCUGACCUGGCGGAUGGAUCACAGACCACCCUCUUCAAGAUCAACCAACCCUGCGCAAACAGGUAUGACAUGCCGUUGUUCUCCCUGCAACUGAAUGAGAUGACUCCGGGGCUGGAGGCAAAGCUGCCGCCCACGGACGUGCGCCGGCGCUGGGACCUGCGCGCAUUGGAGCAGGGUGACUACGCCAAGGCGGCUGCAGGGAAGGACAUUCUUGAGGCGCGCUGGCGUGCGCGAGAGAGGGAACAUUGUCAGAAGACCGGGGACACAUCCCUGCCGCCGCGCUGGUUUGAGCUGAGGGAAGCUGACGGGCUCAGCAGGCAGCAGGGCAGCUCUCCACGCUUCAGGUACAAGGGAGGUUAUUGGGAGGCUAGGGCGGCUGGUGGCUGGCAAGGCAUCGAUGAAAUUUUUGCUCCAGAGGAUACGGCCUAG